AAUGGAAGAUACCAGGAAUAUUUAUUUGGCAUAUGCUUUAUACGAUAGUAUUGAAGACAAGAGUGUGAGUCACAUUAGACAACUUUUGGAAAACGAGAAGGCUAAUCCAAACACACUGCUUCCAGAAAAGGACUUCACUCCUCUUCAUUAUGUUGUUGGGUGUGAUUCACUGUUGUUUGCUGAGGAAGUAACAAAACUAUUUCUACAGCAUGGAGGUGAUCCAAAUAUCAGGAAUUCGGAUGGGUUGACACCAGUACAUGUUGCUGCUGCUUGGGGCCAUGCAGAUCUGCUGAGGCUUUUGCUUCUGAAUGGUGGGGAUCCAUGGCUUCAGGAUAAUGAAAGCUGUACUGCAUUUCAUUAUGCUGUCCAAGAGGCUCAUUGGAAUGUAGCUGAAGUACUUCAUCAGUUUCAUUUGAAAGAUAUUUCUCUGCAGCAAGCCAAUAACAGCUCCAUCGAGAAACCAAAGUAUGAGGUAAAUCUUGAAAAAGUUAUCCUCUCCAAUGGUGAUAUCCUUUUGGAAUGUGGCGUUAGCUCCACUGUUCCUGAAAGUCAGUCGACAUUAAAGGAUUCAGUUUCACUUUUUUCUGGUCACUAUUCAGAUCUAUAUGUGGGUAAUAACCUAGUUGACAAUUUGAAGCAGUCUUCCAAUGAAAAAAGUAAAAAGCAUAUACAAAUGCCAAAGAGUGGUGUACAUUCCUCAGGAUGCAGCAAUUUGUUGUUCUCAGAUUCCAGUAUUUCUACUAAAGAUGCAAGCAGAGUCAUAGAAUGUAUAACAUUAAGUAGUAGUGAAACUUCAGAUAAGAACAACUAUUCAAGUGAAUGUAAAGUUAUAUCAUCAGAUCAAAAUUCUGAUAUGUCUUCAAUAUGCUCAGAGGCGAGCAUCCAAAAAUCUGCUACUGAAAAAUGUGUAUCAUUUGAAUACAAGCAGUCUUCAUCAGUAUUUUCAACAAAAUCAUUUACAUCGGGCAAUUCAGCAAAAUCGAGAAGAAAACUUUUGCCACAUUUUGGCAGGAACUUGGGCAGUAAUAGUACACACUGUGACUUCAACAGUUCUUGUAUGACCGUUGAUCAGCAAGAAAAUAGUACAAAUGAAGCUGUGAAGCACAUCACUGAAAAUAUGCUGCACUCUGUAACAUGCUCAUUGGAAAAAUUAUCAGUGGAUAGUAGCUGUGAUGGCAUUGAGACUUUAGAUUCAUCGCAUUCUUUAUCCAGGAGAAACCUUGGUUUAAGGAUGUGUUCACGUUCAGAGCUUUCUCAUUCAGAACUUAACAAUGGUUUCUUGGAUAAAGAUACUCACAACGGUAUGAAUUGUACACCUGGAAAGUAUGAUGAAGGCAGCAUUGUCUGCUGGAUGUUUCAAAGUACUCCAAAGAAAAAACACCUUUCUUAUGAAAGGGAUGCAUCUUAUGAGGGACAGCUAAAAGCAAAUAAAAAUCAGAAACCAGAAUUGGCUGCAACUACCAAUGCAGGUAGUGACUUGAUAGCAGGAGCGGUAUUGGAGAAAAGUGUUCAAUCCUUACAAAAGAUUCUAAGUGAAGAUACUUCUCCAAAAUCAGAUUUGCAUAUCUGCCUAGAAGGAACAAGUGAUUCUGGUCGAUCAACAAAGACCUCUGAUUAUGUUAACUUCCGUACGUGCAGUUCAGACUCAUCAUCCAACAGUGGAUCAUAUUUCAGUAUAACUGAAGAAUAUAGAUAUACAGAUGAAGAAAAUGGAAUAGUCCUUAAAGAACGUAGAAUCUUAACUGAAAAGUGCAGCAUUCCUGACAAUGUUUUUGAAAGUGUGAAGAUUCCUGCAGAAUGCUGUGUAAACCUCUCAUUGCCUGAUUCACUGUCAUCAUCAUCAACAUUGUCUUCACUCAAACUGAACCUGGAUUAUGAUACAGAAUCUCUGCGGGCAGAACUGAAAGAGAGAAACUGUAUUCCAGGGCCAAUUACCAAAACAACAAAGAGAUUGUAUUUAAAGAAACUUGUUAAACUGAAGAAGACUGGUGAAUUUUGUAACCCGGGGCAAAGAAAUAUUGAAUACAGUCCAGAGCUUGAGUGCACCUUGAAGACAAUGGAGUGGGUGAAUGGUCUUGCUGCCUAUAUCAAGUUGGAACAAGAAGUAGCUACUCAGUUUUCAAAUCCUAGUUGUGAAAGAAGAUGGCGAGGUGGUAUAACGAAAUCAGCAUUCUGUUAUCUGUUACUUGAUCCAAGAGUAACCAAAAAUCUUCCAUGUAGGACACAAACAAUGCAGCCUCUCCAGAUCUGGCAAACGUUUCUGUCAUCUGUCUUUUAUAUUGGCAAAGGUGUGCGAAAUAGGCCAUAUUCUCAUCUGUAUCAGGCAGCUUCUUUAUGGAAAACAAAAUCGAAGUCUUCAGACAAGAAGGUACAAUACAUUUUAGAUAUAUGGAGUGAAGGGUUUGGAGUUGUAUGCCUUCAUGUGUUCCAAAAUGUUAUACCUGUUGAGGCUCACACACGUGAGGCAGCUAUGAUAGAAGCUAUGGGUUUGAAGGCAUUGAAAAAUGUUCGUCACAGUGAGUAUUAUGGAACUGCUGCAACUUGGAAUUCAAAGCAGCGACGAAAAUUAGGUGUUUAUCUUCUCUACAGAGCAUUGCUGGUUUUUUUGAGCGAAGGGGAGAGGCAACUUGGACCAGAAAACUUAUAG